AUAGUUACGACAGACAUAGUGAGGCCGAGGAAGUAGGAACAAAAAAGGGUCCACAUAAAAAAAAAAAGUUUUUAGGUAGCAUACAAAAAGCGCAAGAUGAAUUUGCGUCAGAAUAUGGAUGCAUUUUUAUGGAUUUUUGCGAAGAAUUUUACGAAGGAGAUAAUGAUGAAAUUCGACCAUAUUUAGAACAAUUACGAUAUUUAUCAAGGACAGGAAAACGUAUAUUAUACGUAGAUUUUAAACAUAUAAUGCAUUAUAAGCAAUCGGAUUCUCUAUCAAAAGCCAUUUCUCAACAAUAUUACAGGCUUGAGCCAUAUCUCCGAAGGGCGGUUGAACGUCUCAUGGAGAUAUAUUUCCCUGAUCAAAGUAAAAAAUCGGGUAUUGGAUUCUUUGAUCAGAAUGGUUAUGCGCAAGAUGAAAAUGCGCAAGAUCAGGAGUUUGUGACACUGGAGAAAUCAUACUCCUUAGAUUAUUCUGUGGCCUUUUUUAAUCUUCCUUCUCAAAAUCGCAUCCGAGACUUAAAAACUGACAAGAUAGGGACCUUAAUGAGUAUAUGUGGUACAGUAACAAGAACAAGUGAGGUUCGACCUGAGUUACUUUUUGGAAAAUUUGUUUGUCAAGAAUGUAAGGUCGAAGUUGAGAAUGUUGAACAACAAUUUAGUUAUACGGAGCCGGCCAUGUGUCAAACACCAACAUGUUCUAACCGAGAUUCAUGGGUACUUAAAAUCGAAGAAUCCAAGUUUACAGAUUGGCAAAGAGUUCGAAUUCAGGAAAAUCCAAAUGAAAUACCUACAGGAAGCAUGCCUAGAACUCUUGAAGUUAUUCUUCGUCAUGAAAUGGUGGAAGGCGCAAAACCCGGAAACAAGUGCAUUUUUACGGGUACACCCCUUGUUAUUCCAGAUAUCCAUCAAUUGGGAGUUCCGGGCGUCGGAGCCGAAGUUCAACGUGAUAUUCGUAAUAGUCGUUUCAAGGGGGCUGAUGGAUUAGCUAAUGCUGGAGUCACGGGUCUAAAAUCUCUUGGUGCUAGAGAUUUAUCAUAUAAAAUAUCAUUUUUGGCAUGUACAGUUCAUACUGUUGACGCAAAGCGUGAUGCUUAUAAUAGACUAACGGAAGUGGACGAAAUCGAAAAUGAUUAUGAAGCAUUUGUUAAGUCUAUGAAAGGGAUGGAGAAAGAACUUUUGGAUGAAAUGAGCGGAGAUGAAAGAAUUUUCGAUAACCUAAUCAAAAGUAUCGCACCAAGCGUUUUUG